AUGAGAAUGGUGACAUCCGUGAGAGAGGGGGUCAUGUCUGCCUACGUGCACACAAACGAGACAAGUGGUCACAUGAAUGAACUGCUCAUCAGGAAUGGAACGUCCAACGAAGGCAGCUACGGAAGGGGAGAAGGGGCAGAAGUGGAAGAAGUAGGCGAAGCGAAAGAAAGAACAGGUGCACACAGCGGUGUGGUGACGAGCAAUCAAAUGGCGCAAAGGAAGACUCUCCAAAGGGGGAGUCUCCAAAGUGGAGUGCAACCCAACGGUUACAUUCUCCAUGUGAAGGGAGACAAUCAUUCGCUUGCAAACGCGAGUGACACAGUGCCGAAUAAUAUCAUGCACAUCUAUCUAAAUGGGAAGAAGAACACACCAGAUUGUCAUCCGAAGCAGUUCAUCUCUACCCAGUAUGCAAACACGAGCCGUUUUUUCGAUGAGAAACACUGCUACGUGCCGACAAACCACUUUGAUUACGUGAAUGACGCGGACAACAAUUUGGGUCCCUUUUGUGAAGAAACUACCAUGGACGAUACAGACAACGAUCGAAGUGCGAUGAAUCUGGGGACAGAACAGACCUCCUCGGAAGGACUAUACAUGCAUAUGCUCCGGAGUAGUCAAAGGGAUCAACCCUUUAUUGGAGAUCACCAUCAGGGGGAUUUCCUCCAAAAGAAUGAGAUACUCAGAUAUAAUGAUGUGAAUGGAGGAAUGUUGCCAUCCGUUUUGGAAUGCGGAGGUAGGGACCACUCAAAUGGGGACAAGCCAGACAACCUCAUGAUUGAUCACAUUUUGAAACGGGCACUCCUGAGCAGCGACAUUUUGCAGAACGAAGUUUUAAGCAGCGACAUUUUGCAAGACGAGGUUUUAACUGGCGACAUUUUGCAAGAGGAGGUUUUAAGCGGAGCCCUUUUAGGCAACGUCAUCUCGGAGGUGAAGAUUCCGGGGGGGAGCAUCGUCGGCAACGGGAGUCUGCGGAGUGGAGUUUCUCCAAAUGGGGUCUUUCUAAAUGGGUUUUUCCUAAACGGGUGUGCUGCGAACGAGUGUGCUGCCAACGGGUCCUCCCCAUCUCAGCAGGCAGGCAUUGACCACGACGGAUACCCCCACGAGGGAGAGUUCACCCGCGGAGACUUCCCCCGCGGGAACGAAGACUCCAGAAGGGAAUUUCAUCUGAACAGUCAGGCGAUUCUAGGAACGGAUCCUUUGGCCAGGGAAAGUAGCCAAAUAAGUUACAGUGCAGUGAAUGGAGGUGCCUUCCACGAGAGUUUUUCAGACACUUAUGGACCUCCCAUAGAAGGGAGCCUCUUCUACAAUGCAGAGUUGCAUGGAGAGGGAAUACAAAAUGAUGAGGAAAAUGAAAAUCGAAGUGACAGUCAAAAUGGCAGCGAAAAUGAAGAUAACCGUGACGAUUACAAUGAGGAAGUGAAUCGAAGCUGCACAGAUGGACUGCAUCUCCACUACGGUCAAAACAGCAGGGGGGAUGGCGGCACGGGGGGAAAAAGCCUGUAUGUGUCAUCAAGCCGAGUGAGCGAUGCCAGUGUGGGCAGCGUUGCCGCUGGGAGGAACAUACAGACGACAGACUGGAAUGAUGAACGAAUGGACUAUUUCGCAUCGUGCAGGUUGAGAGAACUCAGAAGAGAAGACAAUUCAAGUGCUGCUCAUAGUGAGGGAGUAGCAGUGAUAGGAGAGGGGCCCCCCUGUACAGGAACAGGUCAGCGGAUCUUUUCCAUUCGUAAGAAGACAGAUCUAGUCAGCAGAUGGAAUGAUCCCUCUUUUAAUAAUAUGGCUUGCCCUAAUGGUGAGGAAGAAGCCCCUCUCGAUCUGCCCCUUCACGUGACACCACUCUAUACAGAGUCAAAUCAGGAAGGGGGUCCUCCCGAAGAUGCAGACGCGAAACCUUAUGGAGACUAUUCCACAGUGAAGUAUGAAGGGAUCCAUCCCAUUGCUAACAGAGACACGUUCCCUAGUUACAUCUGUGAGCGUCCCAUGGGGCUUACCCAUUUCUGCGAAACAUACUCGGGGGGUCACUCCUCCUCGUUGUCGAAUCAGAUGGAUGUCUUACAUGUGGAGGUAUACAAUAAUGGCUCUUCCCACUUGGGGUUAGAAGGCUCCUUUGCAAACAAUAUACAGUGUAUUAAUGCCCGUGUAAAAACAGAACCCAUGGCAGAGGAAGACAGUCAGGUGAUCCGAGACGCAGAUGUGAACGCGGCACACUUCGAUGAGUUGAAGUUUGAAGAGAGAGCACAUAGUUGGAGUCUUCCACGUGGAGUGAUCAAAGGGGAGUCAUCCACUGGAGAAAUAUAUUUUAACAGGACUAUCCCUGCGAGCGUCGCGAAGGGGAAGGCACCAAUGCGGGACUCACCCAUGGGGAGAGCACCAUUUAAUGGCGGUGAUCUUUAUCCGAGACUGUACACACAGGGUAGCAUGCACAGUAGUGCGAUUCUGAACCCAAACAGUAAUGCGCCCUUCACUCCGAACAGUAAUGUGCACUUCAAUCGGAACAGUCCAAUGAUCCUCCCCCGGGGGCCAGCGACCCACUCGCGACAAUGCACCCGUGUCAGCGACGGAGAGACGCACAACGUGAAUAGUGAUUACCCCUUUAAGGACGUCACAGUAGAGGAGGCACCACUCGGUGCAGACAACGUAUACCCCUAUAGUUACCAAAGGGAUGUCAUACCCCCUGCUGGAGACAACCGAAUGGGGAAACAGCAGAAUCAGCAGAACGAGGAGAACAAGCAGAAGGAGGAGAUCCAUUUGCUACAUCAGGAGGAUCUAUUUAAUAAGGGCAACGUCUCUUAUUUCAGCCUCCACAGUGUAACUAUGGAUCCUUUCGAAGAUGCGUACAAUGCAGGGAAUCGCGUCUUGUCGGCCUGCUCCGACAGCUGUGAGGCAUCCGUAGGGAGAAGCCCAUCCAUGGGGGGGAGCCUCCACGAUGUUAGUCCUGUUGGCAGUCCCAUAGCAGCAGGUUCUACUACCGAUUUGCAAAAUCAGGACCCAUUUUCACGAAACAACACAUGUAGUAGUCCGUAUGGAAGGGACCUAAUGGUGGAAAGAAUGCACAGCAAUCACUGCUCAGUGGUAUAUCCCCGAUUUAUCCAGAACGACAUGUCUGGAGAUGCAAAUCAUCCUUUGGGUGGUCCUCCACUGAUGAUGAUGAAAGGAAAGAACCCCAUCAAUCGCUCUCAUGAGUUCGUUGAAGCGUCCAACAAGUGCGUUAGUUUGCCGAGGUCUGUCGGUAUGAGAGUCAUAUCACCUGAGAACAGCGGCUCAGGAAAUGGUGGGACUUUCCUCAGAAACGAACCUAUAUUCGUGGGUUCUAACUCGUGUAGGACAAUCAAUGGGAUCAACGAUUCGUGUUCCAUGCAGGUAGAUGUAGAUGCGUCAAAUGGAUUGUGCCCCCAAAAUGGAGGCAUGAACCAGAUCGGAAGCUACAAUUACGACUUGCUAACGUUAAAGCAGCGAAGCAGUCAUCACUAUGAUGGUGUCACCGAUGCGAUGGUGAAAGGAAGACAUGAUGAUGCGUCAUAUAGCUAUGCCAAUGAAUCUGUUGGAGCAGAAAAUAAUUAUGUGCAUCUAAGGGGGGGAUACUUAAACGGUGAUCAAGAGUUUGGCAGUGGGAAUUACUCCACAAAUCUUAGCGUGGUGAGGACGAAGGGAUUUUCCCAUGUCGCCAGAGGGGACUAUGGAAAGGACACUAGGAGCAGCACUACGACCAGUGUCCUAAAUGAGGAGAUGCUACCAGGGAGUGCCUUCUCCAGGGGGAAUAUCAACCUACAAGAUGAUUCCUGCGUCGACACGAUACGUGAGAGGGUGAUGAAGCUGAUGGCCAUGAAGCUGCAGAGCAACAACGGGGCGAGCUGCACCAACGGUGUGAGAAGCAUAGGAUGUACAGGUGACAUGGCGUGCAACACGGGAUGCACAAGCGUCAUCCCUAUUGGCGGCAAUUACGACGGCUUCCCCCGCACUAAUUGCAGCUCAACGAAAGUUUCCAUCGAGAAGUGCAACUCCACGACCUUACCACAGGUGAAGUCUGUCCAGACGUGGGAUCCCCAUCGGAGUGUCUACCCCGGCGGCGGUGCCCCAUCGCAGAAGCCAUCUCUACAGAGCAGCGGCGAGGUCAACACUGGCAUCACCAAUCGACGUAGCCGUUCCAAGCCGCUUAACACUGCUUUUGGGAAGCUGCACCCUGCCAUCGAAGAUCGCCCUCGCCGAGACGAACAAAUGGUACUGAUGAAGGGUGUGUGUGGAGAAAAUGCAGAAGAAGCCAACGUCACGAAUGGUGACAUCCCCCACAGUGGGAACCUAAACUAUGAGGAAAAUCGAACGUGCGAAAGUAGCAAUUACUACCAACCUGUGAUGGAGAAAAAAGGAACAAAAAAGCGAUCCAGAAAAUCGAGGGUAAAAAGGAAAAAUAAGAUUUUCGGAGGUAUUGUAAAAAAAGGAGGCAUUUGUUUUGACCUGGAGAUAGAAUCACGUCGGAUUAAGGAGACCCCCUUCUGUGCUUACUCCUUGACUGACCUACUUAACAGCCAGAACGGUGCUAGGAGGGAGGGGGUAGGGACAACUGGGGACGAAGGCAGAGACAUGUUGUGGUGUUCCUGCGACAUUCAUCAUAACGUUAAUUGCUUCAUCGAUUAUGUCGAGUUUUUAAGGGGGAAGACGAUGGAGGAAGGGGAGGAAGAGGAGGAGGAGCAGCAGGGGCAGGAGCAGCAGGGGCAGGAGCAGCAGGGGCAGAAGCAGCAGGAGCAGAAGCAGCAGGGGCAGAAGCAGCAGGGGCAGAAGCAGCAGGAGGACCGGACGCAGCAGGAGCAGACGCAUGGCGAACAAAAUGACGAGACGAGUGACAGUCGACGGGAUGACCACAUAGACGGGAACGACGCGAGAGACGAAUGUCAGAGAGAGUCUUUUAACAAAAAAACGGACCGAAGCAGGGAGGAAGACACACAACGGAUGGGAAAGGAAUCAAAAGAUGGCCCCCAAAACAGAAACCUCCUCCGAAAAUGCGACAACGUAUACUACAAUGUUAAUAAAAUCUGGUCUUCUAAUUUCAACAGACCUCUGGGAGACAUCGGUAGAAAGCUCAUAUUAAAAGAAAUCCGCGAACUGCAUUAUAAGGAUGCAUCCAAGACGACAUCACUUCUGAUGAGAGAAGGUCUUGAUUAUGGCAAAGUCCGAUUUAUGAAGGUAAGUGAGCUGUACCAUUAUAUGUACGCACUAGGUGUCUUUGAAUACGCUGUCAAAAUCUCUCUUGAAUUUGGAUCAAACAUUCGAAUGAGCACUGUAGUGACUCAAGGAAACUAUCGAGACACGUGUAAUAAUCUGAGUAACGGAUAUGAUUUCUGUUUCAUUUGUUGUUCACACAAGAAUCACUCUCUGAGUUACAUGCCUGUGGGGGUGAACUUGACUGAACAUCGGAUAUACGUAAAAGGCUACUGCACUUUUAUGGAAGAAUUUGCUUCCCGCUAUGCGGUGAAGAGGGCGGAGAGACCUGCCACACGGAGGACUCCUAUCCGUAAGUUUCUUCCCCCGGAUGGUUCUUCCGCGGGGGGGGAGGCUAGCAGUGGCGUUAGCGGUGUUAGCGCUGUUAGCGGUGUUAGCGCUGUUAGCGGUGUUAGCGGCGGCAUCGCACAUAGCAGCACCGUUAGCAGCGGCGUCGGCAUCGAACAUAACACCACCGUCAGCAGUUGCCCCGGUAUCAACCCGAGUAGCAGUCCCAGUAGUGCAGUCAGUUGGGGACCCAGCAACGCAUUCGCCGGUAACACAUUCGGCAGUAACACAUUCACCGGCAAUGCAUCCACCGGCAACCCAUUUAGCUUCCGUGCCAGUGGCGCCUUCAGUUGUGGUCCCAGCACCCGCUUCACCUGCGAAGCGGACGCCUCACCUGCCGAUCAUAUCUCGGAGAGGGAGCAACUUCCCACACAGGCAGAGACCCACAGCAGCAUCCACGUAGGCAUGGCUAAUCCGAAUUACGCAACCACAUGCACCGCCGAUCGAAGCGGGUAUGGGGGUGCGUCAGGCUGUUCGCCUGAUGGGCGGGAGCUCCUGAAGGGCUACCUCGAUGGGGAAGCCAAUGAGGCGAAAGAAGUGGGAGAAGCGAAAGACGUGGAACAAGCGAACGAAGCGAAUGAAGCGAUGGAAUCGAUUGAAUCGAUUGAAUCGAUUGAAUCGAUUGAAUCCGCUCCGUUUCCACGCUCCGAUCAAGGAGCUAUACAUCACCCACUUGUCCCCCCCGUGGAGAACCUAAUGAACAACCGAAUGGUGCCUUUAACGGGUGACCUGGUUUCGGAGGGCCGCCAUCCUAAGGGAGAAGGUGAAUGUCAGGACGACGCACACACCAAAAGCAACGCGAGUGACGCAGAGGAGGAAGAGGAAGCACAGGAAAAGUAUUGCAAUGUGAAGGACAUGAAGAAGGGUGAUGAAGACGACAAGGGGAGUGGAAGCAAUGGCAUUUCCAGAGGUACCGCCACUGGCGGUGUUAAUAGAAUUGCCUGCUGCAACGUCAGUAGUUAUUCCUAUGGCUGCACCUCUGGUUACGCCUCGGGCAGUGGCUCCACCUGCUACGCGUACACGGGUCGAGGGAUGACUAGCGUCGGUAGCUACCAGCCGUACUACCAGAAGAACUGUGAGUACCUCCACAAACUGUUAAGCCACCCUCGAAGGGAGAAAGUAAUCCCGUGUUGUUACACCAGAGGAAGAUGCGACCCUACCGGCGAGGUGCCUCUCCCGUCAACAUUGAAAGGGAAGGCAUGUCCAAAUUGGAAGGAGCUCAUAUGGAUCCUAAUUAAGAAAGAGGCGCGUAAUUGUCGUCAGCGUGGCGAAGAGAAGGAAGGGAAGUUAGUAAAAGGGAUAAACAACCCGUACGAGGAGAAUGAGGCCAAGGAGUCAUGUCCAUAUAUUCAUUCUGAGAUUGAUUCUAACGGUGGACGCCACUUCUACAUAGGGCAGGAAAAAAUCUCGAACCCCCAAAGAGCUGCCAGAGGGGGUCACCAUGACAGCGUGAAGGGAGAUGAGGAGAAACAUUCGCACCGUGAAAAAUUGAAAGAAGUCGAAAGGGAAGUUGUGAAGGGGGAAGUGGAAGCAGGAGAAAGUGUUCUCUUAGAAGGAGUACCCCCAAAAUGCGACCACUUCGUAGAAGGAGUCCCCGAACAAUCCGAGCUGCACACCGAAAGAGAAGAAGCCAAGCAGUCAAAAAGAAAAGAUAAAAUUCCAUAUCGUCGCGCGGGGGAGGAUUUCGCGCAAAUGGAAUGCAUGCACACAUAUGGAUUCCCAGGCACAGGUGAGAGCGGACGGGGAAGGAGGACCAAAGGCAGGAGCAAACCGUGGAGCGAAUGCUGGAGCAGACUCCGCACCAAACGCACGCGCGGAGACGCCGCUAGCAUAAUCAAACGGAUCAAAAGGAACAAAGUGUACGCAUCCAUAAUAAGGAACCUACGUAGGCAGAUGUGUACAUGGAGGGAUGAAGAAGGCACACACGAGAAAAUCACAAAAAGAGAAAAAAACUUCACUUUGGUGAGUAAUAGCCACUGUUUGGAGGAAGUCCAGCAAUUGCUUCUAUUUCAAGGACGGAAGAUAAUACACCUGGAUGAAGCUCAGCGAGGGGCAAGCGAAAUGGUCUAUCGGCCGAUGCAACCAAUUGAUCCUUAUCCAUAUGAGUACCCCCCCCUUUCGUGGAGAGAAGGAAGAUGCGUGAGCCCACUUCAAACGUCCCUACAGAUGAUGCGAGGGAACAUAAACACAGACAACUCGUUAACUCAGAGAAGACGAAUGCAUGAGCACUACUCAGUCGUCCGCUUAUGCGGAAGAAAUGUGAUGAGGAAGGGAAGGCGAGCAAAAUGGAGAAAGGACCGACUCGACAAUGUCAUUCAAUUUGUACGAUUCUUUAGGGAAGUGUCUCAAGUGAGAAGACCGAAAAAUGGGUCCCAUUCCGAACGAGACAGUGAUUCGAAGGAGCUCUCUCUCAACAAAAGAUGUGGCAGUCGCGAGGGGAACAGCUCCCCGAGCAGCCUAUCCUGUAGGACCAAUUGUAUAGCUACCCCCAUUGGAACCUCCCAUGGGGGGAGGUCGCCAUGGAUGCUGCCGCGACGAAUGACGAAAAACAGAAGGUGCACCAGUGAAUAG